AUGGCAGACCGAACAAGAGUAGAAGUCAAGCUCGAUUUCCCUGUCCAAGUUGAAGACAUUCUUAUCCCUCCAAACAAUUUCAUUAUUAAUUUAAAAUAUAAAAUUAAAUUUUGAAUAAAAAAAUUUAAAGAGCUUUUGACAAAAAAAUGUCAUACUAAAAAUGAUAAAGCCUAGAAAUGAUAAGCAAAAAUUUUAUAUCGUUUAAAAAAAGAAAUUUUCAAGGUGGAGUCAGCGUAUCCUUUAAUACAAACAAUUUCAAGCUUGUGUUUGAAUUUAUACUGGAUAUUCUCCGAAGACAUGAAAAUGCUAUGCAAGACAUAAGGUAAGUUUUAAGUAGAAACUCCACAAAUUCUACAGGAUUGGAUUCAGAAAUAGCAAGGCUCAAAGAAGCCUUAGCAGCUCAGCAGCAAAAUAUUGAUGAGCUUAAAAAAAAUUCAGAAGAGCAAAAUAGUAAAAUCCAAAACAUUGAUGAGAAAAUCAAUGAAAAUUCAAAAAGCCAAAACGUUUCUCUUGAAGAUAUUUAUCAUCGCCUUGAGCAGCACCAAGAGCAGCUUAAUAACCAAGUAAGGCAGAUCGAUUCUUUAAGAAACGAAGUUGACGAACAAAUAAAACGAAUCUCAGAAAAUGAAGCAAAAACAAAAGAAAUUGAAAAGAAAACUGACAAAAAUGUGGCAGAUAUCAAUGAUCACGAGAUUAGAAUAAGGCAGCUAGAGCAGAAUGUUGAUGAUAUUAUCAAUAAUAUCAGAAGCGGCGCUAUUGGAGGAGACAAAGGAGAAAACCGUGACGAGUCCAAGAGAGUUACAGAGCAGUUUAAAGAUAAUACGAGCAAAAAUAGUGAUAUAUCAAGGGUAAGGUUAAAAAAGUACAAUAUAUUUUUUAACCCCUCCCAAAACAUAAAAUGGCUUUAAUUUUUAAAAAAUGUUUUUUUUGAUAUAAAAAGUUUAAGCAGUGCUAUUUGAAUUUUUCUAACCAAGGUAUUUUUUUCCUAAUUAUUUGUAUUUUUUUAUAUAUUUUCAAUAAUUUAUUUCAUAAUCACUUUUCUUGUAUCUUUAUAACUUUGGAACUUCUAUUAAUAUAAGAAUUAAUGCCAUCCAUGCCUAGUAGCGAUAGGAUGAACUCAAAAUUUUUGCCAGAAAAUUUAAAAAUGGCAGAAAGGCCACUGGGUCGCAGGUAGCUAAAUUUCGGAGUGGGCAUGGUCUGGGCUAACUGGGUCUCCCCUCGACUCACAGAUGAGAAGGCCGACGACUCAAUACCAAUCGAAGACUUCUGGAGAGCAUUAUGCUGCCUGUAAAUGGCAGAGGUAGUUCUAGAAGGAGGCAUCGGACGGCUCCCUCAUACCCUGAGCACUACCAGGGGUUAAGAGAGCCUUUGCUGAAGUUUUUUGGUCCAAGCAAGUUCGGGUGAGUCUCUCCCCGAAAGAUGUCGACGUCAUCAUUUUUGCUGACGUCAUCAGAAAAGGGCGUUAGGUGGCUUUAGUGCUUAGGGCCACAUGGGCGUGAAGCUGAAGCUCGACUGGAUCAGGGGCUGAAAUAAACCCCGCUUUAACCCUCUCUAAUCUAAUCAUCUCAUCUCUAUUAAUAUAUUUAACUUAAAAAUAGAAUUGUCUGUAAUUAUUAUUAGACUUCUAUGUCCAACUAAUCUGCAUCACUUUCAUUAUUUUGUAUUUUUCCUAUUAUAUUGAAAGAGAAAAAUUUUAGAUUUUAUAUCAUGCCACUCUAACACUCAUUUAGGCAAUAUUGUUUGAUAUUUGUUAGUAUGCAAUAUUAUACCUGUUUAUCAUAAAAUCCUAUCUUGAACUUUUUCUCUUAAAUUUGGAUAGAAUAUAGAUUUUUAUAUGGACAUUUUCCCUUACAGUUUUUUUUGUUCAUCCUUGCUUGGAAAAAAUUCAAAAAGUAUCAUCUAUGCUUUUUACUAAAAAUCCAUUUUUAAGAGUUAAACUCAUUUUUAUAUGUUUUGGGAGAGGAUUGAAAAAAAUAUAGUGUACUUUAUUUAACCUUAACCCAAUAUCAAGAGAAGUAAGAGAUCUUAAUAUAAAGCUAAGAGAGCUUGAAACCAAGCUGAAAUCAGUUGAAGAUAAGGUAGAAGACACCAAAAUAAUUUCUGAGCGAGCUGACGAGAAAACUCGUUUUCAUGAUGGGAAAAUCAGUGAGCUUGAAGAAGCCUUGAGGAAAUUAGAACAUUCGUUUAAAAAAUUUGAUGCCAAUGGGCAGUCAGUAUCAGAUGAAAUAGAGUCCUUAAGGAAGCUUUUUAGGUCAUUUGAAGAGACAUUAAGAACAAAAGUUGACGUUGAAGACUUCGAUCAGCUUAAAUCAAUGCUACAAAACCAAGGAGGAUCAGCAGGUGGGCAUUCCCAAUCAGGCGGCUCUGGAGGAUCUAUUUCUACCAAGGAUUUGAAUUUAUUAAGAGAGCUUGGAAAACGCUAUGAUGACCUCAGAGAAAAGCUAGAGUCGUUAAGUGGAAUUACUCCUCAGCUUAUAGAUGACAUUUUAAGCAGAAUCAGCAAGCUUGAAGAAACUAUUAUCAAAAAAGCUGAUAAAAGUGAUCUGGAUGACCUGAGAUCACUUUUAAGCAAAAUUAAAUCUGAAGUGGAACGCCAUGAGCGGUCAAUUAGAAGUUUAGAAGAAAGGCCAAUUUCGUUUGCUGGGGGAAGUGGAGAAGAUGUGGGAGGGGGCGCUGAUUCUUCUAAAUUGAACUCACUUGCGAGAAGAAUUGCAGUUAUUGAAGAACAGCUGAGAUUGUUGGUGCUGCCAGAAGGGAUUGAUUUAAUUCAUAUGUGGAAUCUCCUUCAAAGAGUAAUCGAGGAUACCAAAGAAAUUAAAGAAAGGGUUGAAAAAAUGUAUAAAGAAUUAUCCACUGGUAUAUUGAUUUUUAUAUUAUCAGAUUUUUACAGUAAUUCGAUUAAAAAUCAAUUAAAUAUAACAUAUGAAAUAAAAUGAAAGAACUCAAUGAUCUAUUUUCAGGCUUCGCCAGCCAAGAAGACCUCAAAAACUUAGAAAAAAGCUUACAAGAAAAAGUUAUCGCAGUAUGUGAUGCAAUGGGCAAAAAAUUCGCUGAUAAAACAGAUACUAAAAAAGCUCUGAAAUAUUUAGAAAGACUGAUUCGAGAAAUAUAUGAGUCCCCUGGCAAAGAAAGAAGGGACGGAGAAGACGCCAUGCUUGCUAAAAAGCCACUUGGCGGCUGGUCAUGUGCUUCUUGUGAAAAGCAACUUGAAAAACUCGCAGGAAGAGUCGCCAAUUACCAGCCUUGGAAUAAAAUGCCUCAUCGCGACCCCGCAGACCGCAUCGCAAGGGCAGGUCCUGGGUUUUCCAGAAUGCUUGCCACAGUGAACCCAGAAAUGUUAUCUCCCCCCUCCGUGAGCGAACAAAAAAUUUGUGUUCACUUACGGAGGUGGAUUAAUUUUUUUUUUAAAAAAUUUAAUAUAGAAAUUUUUUUUUCGAAAUUUUAAAAAAAUCCCAAUUAGCAAAAAAUUUGAAAGCAAAUAUUAAUUCAAUUUAUGUUUUAAAAUGUAAGCUGUUUAAAAUUAAGCAGAUUAGCUAGAGAUUUCAUUAAACUAAUUACCAAAUAUAUAUUAAAAUUUUUUUUAUAAAAGGUUACGGAGGGUAGGUUUUGUCAAAAAAAUAGGAUUUUUCAAUGGUUUUGUUUGCUCACAGAGGAGGGGAGUAAGUAACCGCACAAGAACCUCCCACUAUCAUGCCCAGUCUCCUAUAAACUCGCACUUUGAAGAAGACAUCCCUGCUAAUUCUUCUGACAUGAUAAAUCUGCCUCCAGUUCAUAAAGGCGAGCGCCCUACAAGCUCAAACUAA